ACUUUGUGUCAUAACAUACCAGACCGCACGCCUUUCGAGACCGACUGGCUAUUUGUAGAUCUUAGUCUCGGCGGUCAGUCUGACAUGCGACCACCAGACGUAUAUCAACAGGGCCUGCUCGUCAGGUUUCUUCAGUUCACCACCUGCUCUUCGCUCCAACAUCGCCCUCAGCACACCCACAGCAAAUCUCAUCACCGCCUCAACAUCCAACAAUGUCUCCCAAGUUUAACAACCUACUUGCUGCUGUCUCUGCUGCCCUCGGGCUCGCGUUGGUCAUCGUCCAUCCGCUCGUCACUGAAAUUGGCGUCGGAGCAAUGGUGCUCUACAGAAAGACUUCCAAGGCUCCUCCCGAAGGAGCACACCUUGGAGAAGAAAGUCCCAGUUCUACUGAGACGUCCACGACUUCCGAAAUCGACAACCUCAAGGCGCGGCUCAAGCUCGCCGAGCUCGACGAGCGCAUCAUUGCGACCGAGCUCGGUGCAACCAAGGCACUCAACACUGUCUUGGAAACCGAACUCGCGGCGUUGCGCCCGGCGUUGAAGAUCCAGGCCGACAGGUACCGAGAGCGCGUCAGGAUUCGGGACGAAGAAGUGGAGGCGUUACGAGAGCAAGUGUACGACGCCAACGAGAGGAGGAGGGGCCAGGAGGCUCUCAGGAUGCAGGCGGACCAGCAGAGGGACUACACCCGUCGGGUGGAACACAAGCUGCUGGCUCUUUCCAUCGCAUGGAGCUACUCCGAGCAGAGCAUGGCCGUCCUUCCGCCUCCUCUGUCACUCUCCCUCUCUCCCUCCACCGACAUCCAAGCUCUUCAAACCGCUCUCACCGAGGCCAACCUCAAAGUCGAGGCUCAGACCGACCGUGCUGAGCUAUCCGGACAGGCGCUACAGGCGCUACUUGGUGUCAAUGAGCAGGUCUGCGCACGGAUGGAGGCACUCGAACGCAUGAUAGCAGAGCUGAGGACUGGAAGAUCGAAGGCCUUCAGCGUUCGCGAUCAUCACGCUGCCUCGCCCCUCGCCCCCGUCGCCCUAUCCUCAUUCAAUUCCGUCGUCAACUCUCCCUGCAUUCAUUCUUCAUUGAUCUCGUCCUCGUCUCUCCCCAUCGUUUCCAUGCAUUCUACAUCAGCUCCACCGCUAUCCUCUAUUAUGAUACCUCCCUCUCCUUCCACCCCCGCACUCCCCUUAUCCUCUCCAUCACCUUCGUGCACUAUACCCAUGCACUCCGGUUUCUCUCCAAAGGUUUCCUUCUCAUCUUCAGCCUCCGCGCCUCAUUCCCUCUUAUAUUGCUCCCAUGACCCCGCCGAGAUCGACACUGCUUCACUCAUCGACCACCUCCACCACUUGGACCAGCUCGUCUCGUCGCUCGAGUCGAAGAUUCAGACGCUCGAGUACACCAAUAAAGAGCUCGAGGGCAACCUAGGCGACCAACUCUUCAUCGCCAUGCAGCUCACGGGGAUGAUCUUCUCCAUGGGCCAGGAAGCCGCUGCCAAUGACGGGGAGAUCAACUUCUUCAAGCGCGUUGUUCUCAAGAGGCUUGGCGAGGAGGAGCGAGGAGGUGUGGAGCGGUAUAUCGCGGACAAGAAGAGUCUUCAUGCAUCUCCGCACGUCGUCCUCACCCAGCCCGAGGGUGGGAUUGUACGCGGAGUGGACAAUAUCAGCCGGCUGAUUUCAACACGCAACUCUUUCUAUUUCCCGAUGUCCGCGUCCACUACUUCUGCAUUUGUUGGGUCCAAGCACUUGGCUGUCGACAAUGCCUCAAUAUUCUCCGACGUCGAUCGGCCCAUCGACGAUGGGCCGCUGCUAAAUCUUUGGGACAACGACCCAUCACCCCGCGACGUAUUCUGUGGCCUGGCCAAUUUUUCAUUUGGUGUCGACGUUGACGCAUGCGCCGGAGAGGCGAAGACAGAGGAAGAUCUAUCUGAGGACUCAGUCUAUGUCACUGGUGACAUAUCGUCCAUAUCCCUCUCUUCAAACGAAGAUGAUUCAGAGGACACGACAUCAUCCAGCUCAUCUCUGAUGUCGUUCCCCACUGCUCUGACUUCAUCACGAUCUUCCUCUCCGUCAACCUCUCUAUCAGCAUCUUCGGUGGCUUACCCGGAGGACAAGGGCCCUGGUGUGUGCGCUCACGGGCCAUCGAUACCCAACUCGCUAUCGUCUUGUCGCUCCCUCCUCGCCGUCUCCUCGUCGACCAUCAUACUCGACCGGCUCGCCGAUUUCCAGACGCCAGCGUUCGACGAUGUAGACUGGUUCACCGGGAUGGUGUUCGCAAUCUGGUCUCAGGGUAGUUGCUGGCAGCUGCCCUGACUUCUUUUUGUGUAUUUCCUUUCCCAAUUUGUUCCAUUGCAUUGUUUGAUUCUAUGUCUACGGCAGAGCGAAGAUACUUUUGUCCCACUGAUUGUUGCAUAUAAUUUAGUAUCUCUUAAUUUUAACAAAAUAAAAUCUGAUUUC